GAAAACUGUUCGAUUCGAUUCGCAGUAUCCAGUUGUUCUCGUUGUCUUUAGUUCAAAUUAAGAAAUAUCAUUGGAAAAGUGACCAUAACUUGUAAGUUAUAAUUUAAUUAAACUUUUAUUUUGUUAUAAGUAGCAUAAUAUAAAAUUGUGUGAUUAUAGCUUAUCUAAUCUGUUUGAAAAUUUUCAAAGAAAUUCUACAAUGAGCGAUAAUGAUGUGAAAAGUAGCGAAGAAAGUGAAGAGUUGGAAUUAGAACCGCCAAAAUCGAAGAGAAAAAAAUUGAAAUUGGUUGAUGACUCAAAUGCAGGGAUUUUAUAUAUGAGUAGAGUACCCUCAAAUAUGACAGUAAAAGUUAUAAGAGACUUAUUCUCAUCCUACGGAGAAAUUGGAAGAAUAUUUCUUCAAGCAGAUGAACGAAGGAUUUCACAAAGAAAAAGUAAACGAUUCAAUGAAGGCUGGAUAGAAUUUGCAGAUAAAAAAUUAGCCAAACGAGUUGCAGUCUCCCUAAAUAAUCAAAUAAUCGGUGGUAAACGUCACUUAAAAUGGCGUGAUGAAAUUUGGAAUUUAAAAUACUUGCCGAAAUUUAAGUGGACACAUUUAAAUGAAAGGUUGGCAUAUGAGAAAGCUGUUCACCAGCAAAGAAUGCGCACAGAAGUCUCUCAAGCUAAAAAAGUUGCUAGUUUCUUCAAGGAUAAUGUAGAAAAAAGUAAAAUGUUGAAGCGGAAAAAAGUUAAAACUAAUCUUGAAGAAAGAGAGUGGACAUUUAGUCAAAAAGAAACAGAAACAGAAAUUCUAUCCUCUGAAAAGCAUAAAAGAACAAAAAAGAAAAAGGAUAGUCUUGCUGCUUCAGAGAAUACCGAGUUGAUGAAAUCUAUCUUUUCGGGGGGGCUGUAA